AUGGCCUUUCCUCUUCCGCGGGGCAUCACGCCCCCGGAGAUUGCCUUUCUAGCGGAGAUGGAGAUGGUGACGAUUCUCCCUCGUCAACGCUUGGAGGGCCUCGAAUUGUUAGGUGGCCGAGUCGAACCACUCCUACCACCCCGCCGCGCCUCCCUCCCACUAUGGCUCGCCCUCCUCCUCAAACGCCAGCGCCGCGCAAAUAUCCUCCCGCCCGCAUGGCUACAUCCUGAGCCCCUCUCCCUGAUCCUCGAGAUCGAAACGCAACAUCACGAAUACGAGAAUGCCUUUUCCCCGCCUCCACCGCUGCCCGGUCAGCCGAGCCUCCGCGACCGCAAUCGUGGACAGAGACCGAUAGCCAAGGCGCGUCAUACGCCGGAUGGCGAGCGAUACUUUCCUUCGCCGCCCUUCUUACCGCAGAAUAUCGCGCAGGACAAUACACAGACUGGCGAGCCCCCGUCAUUACCGUACCAUUGGUUGGAGGUGGGCAAUAUGCUCCUCGACGCGGCAAGUGACGAUCUGGUGGAUCCGGACCAGAUACGGCGGUUGCUUAAGGAGCUGCGCGAGGUACGUAUGGCGAAGAUACGGUCUGGAGUGGACGUGUUGGAUGCUGCUGCCACCGGCGGAGGUGGAGUGGCUCUCACGGGUGUUGGCGCGAUGGAGAUGGGUGAGUCGAGAGGAUUCGUGACGGGGGUCGUAGAUGAACUCAGGAAGAUCGGUGCGUCGAAAGAGCAAGCACGGCGGGAGCAGAUGGCGGAAGAGAUGGCCAAUGGGGGAUAUGAUGCCACCCAGGACGAUGAAGACGAGAUGGAGUUCUAA